AUGAUCGUGUGCGACGAUGCCAGUGCCGACCGCCUGGCGCUCCUCCUUCCCGCGCUGCCGACGGUGUCGAUGGAGGCACUGGCAGAGCGUUGCGAAGCGCAAGUUGCGGACCCGGUCUCUGUUUGCCCCCACGAGUUGACCACGCUCUUUUUCUCCUCGGGUACGUCCGGCAACCCAAAGGCAGUCAUCUGCACCGAUGCCAUGUUUGUCUCGGACGCCGUCUUUCCGCUCUCGCCACUCCUUCAGCCGCUGGUCCACCUCUCGUGGCGGCCCCUGGCCCAUGCCAACGAUCGCACCAUGUGCGCGCGCAUCCUGACGUCAGGCGGUCGGGUCGGCGUGUGGCGCGGUGACCCUGCGCUGCUGUUUGACGACUUUUACACCCUGGCCCCGAUUCGGACCGCGCUCCCGCCGGCAGUCCUCUCUCGUCUCUACAACGAGUACACGGCCGCGCUCGCCGACACCGACGCCGAUCUUGACAUUGUUCGCAAGACCUUCAGUGCCGCUUUUGGCCAGCGCAUCAAACUGAUCACCGUCGGAGGCGCCCCGGUCCCACGCCACGUCUUAGCCUGGGCCAAGGAUCUGUUCACCUCUGCCGACGUUGUGGAGACGUACGGCAUUACCGAAGCUGGCGGCGUGGCUGCCGACGGCCGCAUUGUUCCGGGCGUUCAAGUCAAGCUCGUUGACGUGCCCGAGAUGGGGUACGCAACCACCGACAAGCCGCACCCACGUGGUGAGAUCCUGGUCAAGUCGGCACAGCUUGCACCGGGCUACUUUUGCGACGAUGCUGGCACUGCAGCUGCCUUUCUCGACGACGGCUGGUACGUCACCGGUGACAUUGGUGUCAUGCCGGCGCCUGACGAGCUGCAUGUCAUCGACCGCCGAUCUGCGUGCUUCAAGCUGGCAAACGCAACCUGGGUCACUCCCGGUCGAGUCGAGAACGCGCUCCUUGUCGCGCUACCGCAGCUGAGAGCGGUGGUGGUCAUGCAGGGCGUCGGUGAACUGGCCCGAUUCCCCGCAUGCGUCGCCGUUGUCGACUCUUCUGACGUCGGCUCGGUUGCCGACGCCAUCGCCACUGCCACCGCCUCGGCUCACGCCGGCCUCCCACACAUCCCUUCCCAUGCGGUGGCGGUGGCGACCGUGCCUUUUUCUGUUGCCGAUGGCACGAUGAACGCGUCCGGAAAGGUCGUCCGCGCCCGGGUCCGAGCAAAGUAUCUCGAGGCGCUUCGCUCGCAAGCUGCGCAGUUGUUGGAAGACACCGUGGCCACCUCAGUGGCCAGCGUGGUUGGUGAGCUUGGCGUCGACGAUCACUGGUUUGAUCGCGGAGGCCUCUCGUCCAUCGACGCGCUCUCGCUGGCGAGCCGGCUUCAGUCGAGCCUCGGAGUCGAGCUCGACGUCGCCGACCUGUACCGGGCACCAACGGUGCGGGCGCUGACUGCUCUCGUCGGCGGCUCCGCCCUCGCACAGCCUGCCAAGCCGACAGUUGCCAACUGGGCUGCCGCCAAGGCACAGGCCGAGGCGUGGAUGGCCGAGCGGUGGCAGGACGUGCCGCCAUCGGACGGCUGCGGGGCGGCAGGACGGGUCAUCGUUUCGGGUGCGACUGGCUUUGUGGGCUCGUUCCUCGUCGCAGCUCUCCUUAAUGCCGGAGACGUGUCCGAGCUUGUUGCGCUUGUUCGUCGUCGAGGUGGCGGGCACGCUGCGGCGGCUGCCCGACUGCACAAAGUGCUGUGCGGCAUCGGGGUUGAACACGAGACCCUCAAGUCGCGGCUCACGGUGGUGGGCAUUACUUCGAUCGGCGACGUGCGCUUUGGUCUCAGUGCGCCCGAGUAUGCGGCGGUGGUGGGAGGCGACGGCGCUGUGCGUGUUGUACACGCUGCCGCCGUUGUCUCGUCGGCUCCGUAUGAGGCACUGGCAAGCGUCAACGUAUGCGGCGUGGUUGAGAUGGCGCGACUGGCCGGGCUUGUGCGCGCGGCGCGAAUGGAUGUUGUCGGCUCGUUGAGCGGCAAAGGAGUGACGAUGGAGUGCGGCGACAUCGCCGCCGCCGCCGCUGCCGCUGACGCUGACUUUUCCGCCCGCGGUGGCUACGGGACGACCAAGGCGCUGGCCUCUCUUGUGGCAGAGCGCGCCGCGAGUCUCUGCCCCGCAGUCGUCGUCCACGUGUGUGGCCUGCUGGGGCCGAGCCGUGCCGGGUUCGGCAACUGGAACGACAGGGUCACCGUCUUGGUCCGCGCCAUAGCAAAGACUGGCGAGGCACCGCCGCGGCGGAGCUACUCGUUCCAGCUCUUUCCAGUCGACGAGGCGGUCGUGGUCAUGCUGGGCGCUGAUGCGAGCAGUGAAGUGGUGGGCGAAGCGGUGCUCGCGCUCGAUGAUGUGCUCGACGCGCUGCCGGUCCGCCUCCGGCACGCCGGGUCUCUCGCCGAGUGGGUGGAAGCCGUGCUAGUUGCCCUGCAGAAGCAAGGCGAUGAGAGACUGCAUGCCGCGUUUAGCACGCUCUACCGCAACGGCGGCGGCGGUUGUGCCGAUGUGGCGGAGGUGAGCACCGGUGUGGAUGCUGCGGCUUAUGCGGCUUGGGUGGCGGAGCGUGUGGCGGAGACGUCGUGUGGCGGAGCAGCCGCGUCGUCUUAA